GCUCGCACCACGACAUUCUUCAAACGUACCAACACACCAAAAGUAACACUGAUCUAUCUUUAUGCCCCAAGUAUGAACCCCUACGCCCUUCAUCAAUCUCUACUAGAUACCACCACCGUCACCGCGGCCACCACCGCAAAAGUUCACGCGCUAACAUGGCCGCCAAAAGCGCAUCCUAACACUUUACACAACGUUCCCGACAUCAUUUUCCGUGUGAUAUUGAUCACUCUCUUUGCAACAGUUGCAAUAUGGGCAAACCAUGAAGCGUCAAAGGGGUUUGCAAUCGAGAUAGUUAACGAAGCGGGCAAAUACUCAUUGCCAGGAAAGCGCUUUUCGCUCUUUUACGAAUCAAAUGAUCAAGCGACACGAAUACUUCUCAACACAAGUAGUUUUGUAGAAAACCUACUUUACCCUAAUGAUCAAGAUCAGUUGAUGCAUACAAAGAAACAAAUCAAUAGUGUAACUCUUGCACUUGCCCGAGUAAACUUCUCUACGCUCGUAUCCGUCUAUUCGCCAAAACCGCAUGAAUAUACAAUCAUGUUGAGUCCAUCACUAAUGGAAACUUCACACAACAAUGAAGCCUUUGUGUUGGCUGUCCUACAAGGGAUGGCUAGGGUUUGGCUUUGGGACGGCAAAGGGGCUGCUCCGCAGGCCGUUUUAAACGGCCUGGUGGAGUAUAUAACCACCUUGGCUGGCUUCCGUGUCUCAGACACGGAAGCCUGGAACUCUGGGGAUGAUGAAUUGUGUUGGAAACAUGAGGACCCAAGAAAGGUGGCAGGGUUUUUAAGUUAUCAUGACCGAAGACAACAACUAGGUGACGGUGGUGAUAACGGUGGUGGGGAGGUGGUCCGGCGGUUGAACAAAGGGAUGAGAAACGGUUGGCAUGAUUGGAUGAUGGAUGAUGCAUUAGGCAUGGCAGGCCAUCAUGCAUGUGCAUCUUACGGCAUAUUAACUAGGCAUCACCAUCCAUCCAGCUCAAUUUGAAUUCUUUUUUUGGGCCUUUAAUUUAAUUAGUAAAUUUGGGUGUAGAAAUUAUUAUGAUGGGAUCUUUUUGAUCAUUGAAUUACUGUAGUUUCUUCAUUCUUGCUCCAUUAUUGUUUAAGGGCCCAUUGGUUAACUUUGUUUAAUUACAGGUGAAACUUAGUUAUUUAUUCAUUGAGAAAAUUGUCUCCGUUAUCAAACAUGUACUCGAGUAUGUUAUCUUGAUUUAAUGCUUAAUAAUUCAAGAAAAGGUAUUAUCAUA